GAUAUAGUGAAUGCAGGGUCCUGGGAGACCAGAUAUAGUGAAUGCAGGGGUCCGGGGAGACCGGAUAUAGUGAAUGCAGGGUCCGGGGAGACCGGAUAUAGUGAAUGCAGGGUCCGGGGAGACCGGAUAUAGUGAAUGCAGGGUCCUGGGAAACCGGAUAUAGUGAAUGCAGGGUCCUGGGAGACCGGAUAUAGUGAAUGCAGGGUCCGGGGGAGACCGGAUAUAGUGAAUGCAGGGUCCGGGGAGACCAGAUAUAGUGAAUGCAGGGUCCUGGUAGACCAGAUAUAGUGAAUGCAGGGUCC